GAAGAAGAAGACAUUGGUAUUUUUGUUUACAUCGUGCCAUCGUGCGUGGAAAAAUUAAAUUUUCUUAGAUUUUCACGAGGAAAAAAGACAAUGCCAAAGUACUAUUGCGACUACUGUGACACGUACCUCACGCACGACUCCCCCAGCGUGCGAAAGACUCACUGCACGGGCCGCAAACACAAGGACAAUGUAAAGUUUUACUAUCAGAAGUGGAUGGAGGAGCAAGCACAGAGUCUCAUUGAUGCCACAACAGCAGCUUUCAAGGCCGGAAAGAUUGUCCAGAAUCCCUUUGCACAGCCCCCACCAAAAGGGGUAGCCAUCCCGCCGCCCAACACCCUUGCACCGCCUCCGCGGCAGGGUAUGAUGACUGGAAUUCCGGGAAUGCCUCAGAUGAUGAUGAAUCCUCACAUGAUGAUGCCUCCGUCGAUGGGAAUGAAUCCCGGAAUGAUGGCUGGACCUCCCCCAAUUGGUCAAUAUCGCUCAAUGCCCCCGCACAUGAAACAAUCAUAAAUUUUAUCUGUAAAUUCCAACUUUAUUUUCUGUUUGAAUAAAGAAAACAUCCGGAUGCUUAUCUAUA